AUGGAUUCACUGAAGAUGAGGCAAUUUUCAGUCCUCCUGUGGAAAAAUUUCCUUUUAAAGAGCCGGAAGGUGAUCGGCUUAGUGGUGGAGAUCAUCUUGAUAUUUCUGUUGUUUGUAUGGACUUUGACUGUACGCAGAAUUUCAAAGAAGACAUUUAUUCGUGCUGUGAUUUUCAAUCCUAUUCUCUUGACAUUACCUGAGUUCCUUAAUGAAAACUUUGAAUAUGAAUUGGCUUACGUGCCUUCUAAGAGUAAUGCAGCAAGAAAUAUUACUGAGAUGGUGAAAAAGGAUUUGAAAUUCAACUUUAAAGUUCAAGGCUUUCCUUCGGAAGAAUCCUUUGAGAAAUACAUUAAGUAUGAGAACAAGGCUGCGCAUGUGCUGGCUGCUAUUGUGUUUGAUCACAAGUUCAAAACCAGCAAUGAACGCUUGCCACUUCAGGUAAAAUAUAGUUUGCGCUUUGGUCGUAUCUAUGAUCCCGAGAAUUUAUUAAAGCCAUCUGAGUACCAGGAAAAACCAGUGUGGAAUACAUCAACUCUCUUCCCAUCUGUGCCUUCUCUAGGACCCCGGAACAUCUUGGAACCCGACGGGGGGAACCCUGGAUAUAUCAGAGAAGGAUUUCUUAUUGUGCAACAUUCUGUAGACAAGGCCAUCAUGAUGUAUCACAGUGGCAGAGCAGCUGAAGCCAUGUUUGCUAACACCAUAAUUUAUGCGAGGAGAUUCCCACACCCGGCCUUCAUUCACGACAACUUCCUGUGGACUUUCAUUGUUAUGUUUCCUUGGACAAUUUUAUUUACAUUUACUCAAAUGGCACUUGUCAUAGUUGGGACCAUUAUGCUGGAAAAGGAAAAGAGAUUAAAGGAAUACCAGCUCAUGGUGGGACUCAGUAAUGCUAUGCUCUGGGUUUCCUAUUUCAUCACCUUCUUAUUGAUGUAUCUCAUCAUCAUCUGUUUGCUGUGUGGGAUUUUAUUCCUCAAGAUUACACAUGAGAGAGUCUUCCAGCACAGUGACCCAUUUUUCAUCGCUUUCUAUUUCCUGUGUUUUGCCAUCUCUUCAGUGCUGCUGGGUUUCAUGACUAGCACGUUCUUUAAUAAAGCUUCUCUGGCCACUUCUAUUGCAGGGUUUCUCCAUUUCCUUACCUUCUUUCCAUAUUUGAUCGUAUAUCAAAUGUAUGAUCAGACAAGCCUCAGUGGGAAGCUGGCUCUCUGUCUCAUUACCAACACCGCACUAGCGUUUGGGACUGACUUGAUAUGCAAGCUGGAAAUGAAGGGGCAUGGCGCUCAGUGGUACAACUUCGCUACAAAAGUAAAUGCUGAUGAUGACUUAACCUUGGCCCACAUAAUGGGAAUGUUUUUAUUUAGUGCUUUUCUGUAUGGCCUUGUGGCCUGGUAUGUAGAUGCUGUCUUUCCUGGGAAGUAUGGUAUACCCAAACCCUGGAACUUCUUCCUGCAGAAAUCCUACUGGUUUGGAGAGCCAGCCUUAAGCAAGGAAGAGAGCCAAGUCUCUAAUUUACCUGCAAGUGAUUUUAUGGAGCCUGAACCUGUUGGCUUAGUGGCUGGCAUCCAGAUUCAGCAUUUGUACAAGAAAUUUACCUUAAAAAACAGUACCCUGAUGGCAGUGAAAGACUUGUCUUUGAACUUGUAUGAGGGGCAGAUAACUGUUCUUCUCGGACAUAAUGGGGCAGGAAAAACCACCACCUUGUCCAUUCUCACAGGUUUAUAUCUUCCUACCAGAGGAAACGUCUACAUUAGUGGAUAUGAUAUCUCAUCUGACAUGGUUCAAGUUAGGAAAAGCUUGGGCUUGUGUCCCCAGGAUGACCUGUUGUUCCCAAUGCUGACAGUGUCAGAACACCUUCAUUUCUACUCCGUGAUAAAAGGAAUACCUUUGCGGAAACGAUCGACAGAAAUUCACCGAAUGCUCACCUCUUUUGGCCUGCUGCAGAAAAGUAAUACCAUGUCAAAGGAUCUGAGCGGAGGAAUGAAACGCAAGCUCUCAAUCAUUAUAGCUCUAAUAGGGGACACUAAGGUGGUGAUACUUGAUGAGCCGACAUCUGGCAUGGAUCCAGUCUCAAGAAGGGCCACCUGGGACCUGCUUCAGCAUUAUAAAAAGGACCGUACCAUCUUACUGACCACACACCAUAUGGAUGAGGCUGACGUGCUGGGUGACAGGAUUGCCAUCCUGGUCAUGGGGAUCCUGAAGUGCUGUGGCUCUUCGCUUUUCCUGAAGAAACUAUACGGUGUAGGGUAUCACCUAGUCAUAGUGAAGACUCCUGACAGUGAUGAUGAAAAAAUCUCCCAGCUGAUUAAGGAUUACAUACCGACUGCCAAGAUGGAGACCAAUGUUGCAGCUGAGCUGUCAUUUAUCCUGCCCAAGGAACACACACACAGGUUUGCAGACCUUUUCACAGACCUAGAAGGAAGACAAGUAGAGUUGGGCAUCUCUGGCUUUGGUGUCUCCAUGACUACCAUGGACGAGGUUUUCUUCAGGGUCAGUAAUCUGGAAGAUUUGAAGUUGAACACUGAGAUUGCUCAAUCAGCUUCUACAGUGAACCAAGGCACAAGUGAAGACAACCAGAACAUGAAUGUGCCCAGGAAUUUUGAGGGAUCAGAUUACUCAAGACAUUUGGAUUCUUCAUUCAAUGCCGGGUGGUCUCUUUACAUCCAGCAGUUCCGAGCCAUGUUCAUCAAAAGGGUAAUGUUCUCUUGGCGCAACUGGAAACUGCUGCUGUUGCAGCUGCUGGCACUUCUGGGUCUCAUGUAUCUUCUGAUGAAAGGAAUAAGCUUCUCAGUACCUGAAGAGCCUGCCAGGGUGAUGGACUUGGAGCAGUAUGGUGAGACCAUUGUCCCUUUCUCAGUUUCUGGAGAUCCUCAUUUGACCCAGAUUCUCACCAAAAAUCUUGAGAUCAUGUUGAAGGCUAAAAAUCAAAAAAUUCUUGAAGUGCAAGGUGAUGUGAAGGACUACUUGCUGACAAAUAAAGACUGCAUUUACUCGUGCAUCGUUGCCUUUUCCCUUGAUAUUGCUAGAAAAGAAAAGACAUUUACCUUUUGGUUUAACAAUGAGGCAUACCAUGCAUCACCAUUAUCUUUAUCAAUAUUAGACAACAUUAUUUUUAAGUAUCUCUCUGGCCCUGAUGCCACCAUUACUGUCUCCAACAAGCCUCAGCCUCAACGUGUCACCAAAGACAAACCUGAUAUAAGAAGUGCAUCAGGAAUCCAGAUAGUCUUUAACUUGCUUUUUGGGAUGAGUAUUUUCACCAGUGGCUUUUGCCUUAUGACAGUGACUGAGAGAGUUAGUAAAGCAAAGCACAUCCAGUUUGUGAGUGGUGUCUAUACCUUGAAUUUUUGGCUCUCUGCUCUGCUGUGGGAUCUCAUCAUCCACUUUGUUGCCUGUGUCCUGCUUCUGGUGGUGUUCCUAUACACCGAUGUGGAUGUAUUGUUGGAGAAAUACCACUUCCUAGACACAAUGUUCAUCCUCAUGUUGUUUGGCUGGUCUAUCAUCCCCUUCAUCUACCUGCUAAGCUUCUGGUACAACAAUAGCACCAAUGCCUACAUCAAGAUCUUUGUCUUCAACCACUGUUUAGGGUUUAUGAGUAUAAUUGUGGAUGCUGUGGUACAAAUCAUACCAGAUAUUAAAACCAGUACUAAGAAACUCAUACUUAACUCAAUGCUGCUGUUACCCAUUUAUAACUUUGGAAUGAGUAUCUACAAAUUCAUUAGCAUCCAGGAAUUAAAGAAAUUAUGUUCUUCUUUGGGACAUCUUAAUAUCAUUUCACAAUGCAAAAAUGAAAUUAUUCCUAUAUACAGUAUGGAUCAAAAAGCCAUUGGAAGGCAUGUGAUUGCCAUGGCUGCCACAGGACUGAUAUACUUCCUCCUCAUUAUUCUUCUGGAGAUGACUUCCUGGAAUCUAAAGAUCUUCAUAUAUCGAUAUGUUUUCUUUGGUAUCUACAGGAUAUUUUAUAAGGCUAGAAUAUCCAAUGAGUUAUCAGGAGACUCGGAAGAGGAAGAUGUACAAAAUGAGAGAGAGACUAUCCUGCACCAUUCUUGGCACUCGCUGAAUUCUACUGUGCUCAUUAAAGAGCUCAUAAAGAUAUAUUUUAAAAUUCCACCCACUCUGGCUGUGAAAAAUAUCUCUGUCACCAUUCAAAAGGAGGAGUGCUUUGGAUUGCUUGGGUUAAAUGGAGCUGGGAAAACUACUACUUUUAAAAUUCUGACUGGAGAAGAGAUAGCUACCUCUGGAGAUGUGUUCAUCGAAGGCUACAGCAUCACCAGAAAUAUCCUGAAGGUAAGGUCAAAAAUUGGCUAUUGUCCACAGUUUGAUGCCUUGUUGGAUUACAUGACCUCUAGGGAGAUACUGACAAUGUAUGCCAGGGUGUGGGGGGUUCCAGAGAACAAUAUUAAACCCUAUGUGGACAACUUGUUGAAAAUGCUGUAUCUGAAACCACAGGCUGAGAAGUUUAUUUACACUUUGAGUGGAGGAAACAAACGUAGGCUGAGCACCGCGAUUGCCAUAAUGGGAAACUCUUCAGUUGUCUUCCUAGAUGAGCCAUCCACCGGUAUGGAUCCACUAGCCCGGCGCAUGCUCUGGAACACGGUUAUAAAGACUCGAGAGAGUGGCAAGGUCAUCAUCAUAACCUCUCACAGCAUGGAGGAGUGUGAAGCUCUCUGUACCAGGCUAGCCAUCAUGGUGCAGGGAAAACUGGUGUGCCUGGGUAGCCCUCAGCAUCUCAAGAACAAAUUUGGCAAUAUUUACACCAUGACCAUCAAGUUCAAAACUGGCACUGAUGUCAACGUGGUACAGGAUUUAAAAGCUUUUAUUGCCAAGGUUUUCCCAGGUAGUGACUUAAAGCAAGAGAAUCAAGGGGUCCUUAAUUACUACAUUCCCAGCAAGGACAACAGCUGGGGAAAGGUGUUUGGCAUUCUGGAAAAAGCAAAGGAGGACUACAAUUUAGAAGACUAUUCCAUCAGUCAGAUCACCCUGGAGCAAGUCUUCCUGACCUUUGCCAAGCCAGGUGAUACCAAGAGUGAUUAUGAGAAACUAGUGCUUUGA